GCAACAUGGCUUCCCCCAGGGUUAGAGCCGCUUGUCCUCCCACCGCCCGCUCUCUCCUGAUGACCAGGCGUUAUCAAAGAACAGCCUCUGAGCUGCGUGGAGAAAGCCAUGGAGACAGCCAGGUCCUAGCUUACUCUGCCACCACUGCCCUGCAGGAGGAAGUUUCCCAGCAGACAGUAGCCCCACAGCAACAGUGGCACAGCUUCCAAGAGGAGAAGUGUCCAGCAGGAUCUCAUAGAUUAGAACAUACUGGAGACUGUAACCUGUGCACAGAGGGUGUGGAUUACACCAACGCUUCCAACAAUUUGUUUUCUUGCCUUCCAUGUACAGUUUGUAAAUCAGGUCAAACAAAUAAAAGUUCCUGCACCAUGACCAGAGACCCAGUGUGUCCGUGUGAGGAAGGCACCUUCUGGAAUAGGAACUCCCCUGAGAUGUGCCAGAAGUACAGCAGGUGCCCUAGUGGGGAAGUCCAGGUCAGUAAUUGUACGUCCUGGAGUGAUAGCCAGUGUGUUGAAGAAUUUGGCGCCAGUGCCACUGUGGAAACCCCAGAUGCUGAAGAGACAACGACUGCCAGCCCAGGGACUCCUGCCUCUUCUGGUUACCUCUCAUGCAUCAUUGUAGGAAUCGUAGUUCUAAUUGUGCUUCUGAUUGUGUAAGUUUGCACUUUGGAAGAAAUUCCUUCCUUACCUGAAAGGCUCAGGUAGGUGGCGACUGAGGGCAGGGGCGCUGGACACUCUGCCCUGCCUCCUUCUGCUCUGUUCCCACAGACAGAAAU